GGAAGGCCCCGACGCGCCCAAAAUGGCGGUGGGCGGGCGCUGAGGCGGCGCGGCGGGAUGGAGCCGGCAGCGCUCGGCCGCCUGUGGCGCCUCCUGCCCGCCGCCCCGCGGGCCGGCCGCGCCCAGGCGCCGUCCCGCAGCGGGCAGACGGGCGGCGGAGCUCCGCGGGCGUGCCGCGACCUGUACGAGGUGCUGGGGGUCCCGGCCACGGCGACAGCGGCGCAGAUCAAGACGGCGUACUACGAGCAGUCGUUCCGCUACCACCCCGACCGCAACGCCGGCAGUGCCGCCGCCGCCGCCCGCUUCGCCGCCGUUAGCGAGGCCUAUCGGGUGCUCGGCAGCGCCGCCCUGCGCCGCAAGUACGACCGCGGUCUCCUCAGCCGCGAGGACCUGCGCGGCGCCCCACAGCCCAAGGGCCGCCCGCCUGCUCCCCCCGCGCCGCCGCCCCCGGCCCCCGCUGCUGCCCGCCGUGGGCCCGUCCCGCCGCCCUUCGACUUCGACGCCUUCUACCGGGCGCACUACGGGGAGCAGCUGGAGCGGGAGCGGGUGCUGCGGGCGCGGCGGGAGCAGCUGCGCCUCCGCCGGGAGGAGGCCGCGACCCAGGGACGCUUCCGGCUCCUCUCCGACCUCUCGGUCGGGCUCAUCUUCUUCCUGGGUUUCGCUAUCCUCUACGGCCUCAAGUGACAGCAGGGCCACUGCAGGGCAGGGUAGCCACCGGGGCACCCACAUAGCUCCACUGCUGCGGUGGGAUGGAGUGUCACCAGUGGGCAUGGCAGCUGGCUGGGGGGCGUUUCCUGCACCCGCACAGCUGGCAGGCACCGUGUGCAGGCUCUGCUCCUCGAGCCAUGACAUUUCGCCUCUGCUGGCAUGGCCUCCGGAUGCAGUACGUGACCAGCAGGCACCAUGCGUGGGCUCUGCUCCUGAGGCUGAGAGAUGUCCCUUCUGCCAGUGUGACCUUCAGAGAUGGUGCACAACUAGCAGGCUCUGUGUGCGGGCUCUGGUCCGUGGGCUGUGACCUGACCCCUCUGCCAGCAUGACCUUCAGACAUGGAGGGCAACUGGCAGGCACAGUAUGUGGCUGCGAUGUGACCUCUGCAAGUGUGACCUGCAGACAGCAUGUGACCACUGGCUACCACAUGUGGGCUCUGCUCCACAGGCUGUGAUGUGCCCCUGCCACCAGCGUGACCUUGCAGACAUGGUGUAGGGGCUUGACAGGCUGCUAUGUGCCCCCUCUGCCAAUAUGACCUGCAGACAGUGCCUGACAGGGCUUGCCCUGCUGUGUUGCAAGUACGGAAGUCUUGGCUUCAGCAGCCUGGAAUAAUGAAACCUGGGCCCGUGGCAGCUCGUGUCCUGGUCAGUGUGUGACAUCGGCUGGAGGUGCUGUCCAAAACACUGCUGUGUUUAGAACAGCCUGUCCUGUCUUGGGCUUGCCAGGAGCUUUGUACAAGACCAUCCCGCACAGGCCUUUGUGGUUGGGAGUGGUAUGCUUCUGAGCACUGAGUGCCAUUACUUGUCUUUUAUAUGUAUCUAAGCAUCAUUUGCACGUAAGAGUAUUUGCCUAUUUAAGUACUGAAGUGUUUUAAGAACUAAAGAUUGUGUGUCUCGGAGCUUCUGUCUUUCCUUGGGUGAAGGUUUCACCUGUGCCAUGCUGGUAGUAUGUGGAGCGAGCGAAGCUUCAUGGUAUUGAACUCUGAGUGUGCCAAAGACUUCAUUCACCUGCAUUACUUUGCACUGGAUUUGCUGCGCCUGGCUGGCACUGGUCUGCGCAGGAACCAAGCUCUCUCCCCUCACUGCAGUGACCUUGGGUUAUGUUUUCUCCCAACACAAAAAUGUUAAAAGCAAAUGCCCCAUGUUUUCUGGCUGUGGAGUUCUGUGAUACUAAACUGAGCCUGAGACAGCAGCAUGGCAGGGAGUAUAAUGCCUCCUGGUACAGGGUAUAAACUGUAGAGGAGAGCUUUCUGCCUUUUCUGGAAAGCACUGUACCACUUCCAGCUGCAGACUCCGGAGACCGCUGCAUGUUUGGAGCAAAUUCAGCCCAGGGACAGAGUGCGAGCUUUCCAGGAUCCUCUCCGGUUGUCAGUCCAUCCUUCUUUGUGGGAUUAUAGUGCUGAAAUGUCAGUAUGUGAAGAGCAGGAACCCAGCGUUCAAGGGUAUCCAUUACAGAGUAAAAGUCUCCAGAGUUGUGGCUCUGUGUCAUGUGCUGAUGCAUUUUCAUGCCAUAAACCAGCUUACCUGAAAGAUCAGAGGCGACUUCUCUGGCAGAGUUUGGCAGGAAAUGUUCUCUUCCAGGCUGGAGAAGCUAGGAUGUCCAUAGGAAAUGGUGGGUACAAGGGAGCACCUCUCCAGUUCCUGGUGUGGCUUGCAGGUUUUUAAGGCAGCCCUGCCAAACACGAGGUGUCCUCUGGAUUGAUCUUUCUUAAAUCUAUGUAGUGCCAAGGCCUGGGGCUUGUGGACUGUUUCUGCAAGCAGGCUCUGUACCCAGCUGUGAGCCAGCUUCCUGGCAGAGAGAGGGUCUGGUGUGGAGCAGGAGGAACAGGCUAGCUGGUAUGCUGCCUGUAUCACUCUGCUCCCUAACACUGGGACAGGGAAGAGCUGCUGCAGUAAGCCGGCUGGGCUGGCUCCUGCUCUGUGUCUGGUGCUUGUGUCUGAAAUUGUGGGGUGAAGUGCCCAGGCACCAAAACUGAGCUAAUCCAUGUGCCUUUCAAUGGGUGGUUUGGGCAGUUUAUAUUACUGGUUCUUCCUCAGGUCUCCAUGAUGAAUCUUGAACAUUAAAUAUAACUAGCCAUAAACUGGUGA